AUGUCGCAGCCGCAGCUGCUCCCCGCCUCGGCGGAGACUAGGAAGUUCACGCGGGCGCUGAGCAAACCGGGCACGGCGGCAGAGCUGCGGCAGAGCGUGUCGGAGGUGGUGCGCGGUUCGGUGCUCCUGGCAAAGCCAAAGCUAAUUGAGCCACUAGACUAUGAAAAUGUCAUUGUGCAGAAGAAGACUCAGAUCCUGAAUGACUGCUUAAGGGAGAUGCUGCUCUUCCCUUAUGAUGACUUUCAGACGGCCAUCCUAAGACGCCAGGGCCGAUACAUAUGCUCAACGGUUCCUGUAAAGGCAGAAGAGGAAGCAGAGAGCUUAUUUGUUACAGAGUGCAUCAAAACCUACAACUCUGACUGGCAUCUUGUGAACUAUAAAUAUGAAGAUUACUCAGGAGAGUUUCGACAGCUUCCAAACAAAGUGGCCAAGUUGGAUAAACUUCCAGUUCAUGUCUAUGAAGUUGACGAGGAGGCUGACAAAGAUGAGGAUGCUGCCUCCCUUGGAUCUCAGAAGGGUGGAAUCACCAAACAUGGGUGGCUGUACAAAGGCAACAUGAACACUGCCAUCAGUGUGACCAUGAGGUCAUUUAAGAGACGUUUUUUCCACCUGAUUCAACUUGGCGACGGAUCCUAUAAUUUGAAUUUUUAUAAAGAUGAAAAGAUCUCCAAAGAACCAAAAGGAUCGAUAUUUCUGGAUUCCUGUAUGGGUGUGGUUCAGAACAACAAAGUCAGGCGUUUUGCUUUUGAGCUCAAGAUGCAGGACAAAAGUACUUAUCUUCUGGCAGCAGACAGUGAAGUGGAAAUGGAAGAAUGGAUCACAACUCUAAAUAAGAUUCUCCAGCUCAACUUUGAAGCUGCCAUGCAAGAAAAGCGAAACGGAGACUCUCACGAAGAUGAUGAACAAAGCAAAUUGGAAGGCUCUGGUUCCGGUUUAGAUAGCUACCUGCCUGAACUUGUCAAGAGUACCAGAGAAGCAGAAAUCAAACUGAAAAGUGAAAGCAGAGUUAAACUUUUUUACUUGGACCCAGAUGCCCAGAAGCUUGACUUCUCAUCAGCUGAGCCAGAAGUGAAGCCAUUUGAAGAGAAGUUUGGAAAAAGAAUUCUUGUCAAGUGCAAUGAUUUAUCUUUCAAUUUGCAAUGCUGUGUUGCUGAAAAUGAAGAAGGACCCACUACAAAUAGUGAUAUUUUUAAUAUUUUCAUGUAUUUCUUUUCUGUUAGGGUUUCUUCUUCCUCUCUGGCUCUUAUGAAUGGCAGCAGGCAGAGCCCGCCUGUCCUUCAGGGCAUCCUCCAUGAAGCCGCCAUGCAGUAUCCGAAGCAGGGAAUAUUUUCAGUCACGUGUCCUCAUCCAGAUAUAUUUCUUGUGGCCAGAAUUGAAAAGGUCCUGCAGGGGAGCAUCACGCAUUGCGCUGAGCCGUAUAUGAAAAGUUCAGACUCUUCCAAGGUAGUCCUACCUGAGAAGAUGGCUAAACUCCCAGUGAUUUUAGGCAAUCUAGACAUUACGAUUGAUAAUGUUUCCUCAGACUUCCCUAAUUAUGUUAAUUCAUCGUACAUUCCCAUGAAGCAGUUUGACACCUGUAUGAAAGCUCCGAUCACGUUUGAAGUAGAGGAAUUUGUGCCCUGCAUACCAAAACACACUCAGCCUUACACUAUUUACAACAAUCACCUUUACGUCUAUCCUAAGUACUUGAAAUACGACAGUCAGAAGUCUUUUGCCAAGGCCAGAAAUAUUGCUAUUUGCAUUGAGUUCAAAGAUUCAGAUGAGGAAGACUGUCAGCCCCUGAAGUGCAUUUAUGGCAGACCUGGUGGGCCAGUAUUCACAAGAAGCGCCUUUGCUGCAGUUUUACACCAUCAGCAAAACCCAGAGUUCUAUGAUGAGAUUAAAAUAGAGUUACCCACUCAGCUACACGAAAAGCACCAUUUGUUGUUCACAUUCUUCCACGUCAGCUGUGAUAACUCAAGUAAAGGAAGCACAAAGAAGAAGGAUGUUGUUGAAACCCAAGUUGGAUAUUCCUGGCUCCCGCUCCUGAAGGAUGGAAGGGUGGUGACUAGUGAGCAGCAUGUCCCCAUCUCAGCUAACCUUCCUUCUGGCUACCUUGGCUACCAGGAGCUGGGGAUGGGCAGGCAUUAUGGUCCAGAAAUUAAAUGGGUAGAUGGAGGAAAGCCACUGUUGAAAGUUUCAACACAUCUAGUUUCUACAGUGUAUACUCAGGAUCAGCAUUUACAUAAUUUUUUCCAGUACUGUCAGAAAACUGAAUCUGGAGCCCAAGCCUUAGGGAAUGAACUUGUAAAAUACCUUAAGAGCCUGCACGCAAUGGAAGGCCACGUGAUGAUCGCCUUCCUUCCCACCAUCCUGAACCAGCUCUUCCGAGUCCUCACCAGAGCCACCCAGGAAGAAGUCGCAGUGAAUGUGACUCGGGUCAUUAUUCAUGUGGUUGCCCAGUGCCAUGAGGAAGGAUUAGAGAGCCACUUGAGGUCAUAUGUUAAGUAUGCAUAUAAGGCUGAGCCAUAUGUUGCUUCCGAAUACAAGACAGUGCAUGAAGAACUGACCAAAUCCAUGACCACAAUUCUCAAGCCUUCCGCUGAUUUCCUCACCAGCAACAAACUGCUUAAGUAUUCAUGGUUUUUCUUUGAUGUGCUGAUAAAAUCCAUGGCCCAGCAUCUGAUAGAGAACUCCAAAGUUAAGUUACUGCGAAACCAGAGGUUUCCUGCAUCCUAUCAUCAUGCAGUGGAAACCGUUGUGAAUAUGCUGAUGCCACACAUCACUCAGAAGUUUCGAGAUAACCCAGAGGCUUCUAAGAACGCAAAUCAUAGCCUUGCUGUCUUCAUCAAGAGAUGUUUCACCUUCAUGGACAGGGGCUUUGUCUUUAAACAGAUCAACAACUACAUUAGCUGCUUUGCUCCUGGAGACCCAAAGACCCUCUUUGAAUACAAGUUCGAAUUUCUCCGUGUGGUGUGUAAUCACGAACAUUAUAUUCCUUUGAAUUUACCAAUGCCAUUUGGAAAAGGCAGGAUUCAAAGAUACCAAGACCUGCAGCUUGACUACUCAUUAACGGAUGAGUUCUGCAGAAACCACUUCUUGGUGGGACUGUUACUGCGAGAGGUGGGGACAGCCCUCCAGGAGUUCCGGGAGGUCCGUCUGAUCGCCAUCAGCGUGCUCAAGAACCUGCUGAUAAAGCAUUCUUUUGAUGACAGAUACGCUUCGAGGAGUCAUCAGGCAAGGAUAGCCACUCUCUACCUGCCUCUGUUUGGUCUGCUGAUUGAAAACGUCCAGCGGAUCAACGUGAGGGAGGUGUCGCCCUUCCCCGUGAACCCUGGCAGUACUGGGAAGGACGAAUCUCUUGCCUUGCCCGCUGUGAACCCCCUGGUGACGCCGCAGAAGGGAAGCACGUUGGAUAACAGCCUGCACAAGGACCUCUUGGGCGCCAUCUCUGGCAUCGCUUCUCCAUAUACGACCUCAACUCCAAACAUCAACAGUGUGAGAAGCGCUGACUCGAGAGGAUCUCUCAUAAGCACAGAUUCAGGGAACAGCCUUCCAGAAAGGAACAGUGAGAAGAGCAAUUCCCUGGAUAAGCACCAACAAAGCAGCACUUUGGGAAAUUCUGUGGUUCGCUGUGACAAACUCGACCAGUCUGAGAUUAGGAGCCUGCUGAUGUGUUUCCUCUACAUCCUAAAAAGCAUGUCUGAUGAUGCUUUGUUUACAUAUUGGAACAAGGCUUCAACAUCUGAACUUAUGGAUUUUUUUACAAUAUCUGAAGUCUGCUUGCACCAGUUCCAGUACAUGGGGAAGCGAUAUAUAGCCAGAACAGGAAUGAUGCAUGCCAGAUUGCAGCAGCUGGGCAGCCUGGAUAACUCUCUCACUUUUAACCACAGCUAUGGCCACUCGGACGCAGAUGUCCUUCACCAGUCAUUGCUGGAAGCCAACAUUGCUACUGAGGUUUGCCUUACGGCUCUGGACACUCUCUCCCUGUUUACACUGGCAUUUAAGAACCAGCUCUUGGCUGACCAUGGACAUAAUCCUCUCAUGAAAAAAGUUUUUGACGUCUACCUAUGUUUUCUUCAAAAACAUCAGUCAGAAACGGCUUUAAAAAAUGUCUUCACUGCCUUAAGGUCCUUAAUUUAUAAGUUCCCCUCAACGUUCUACGAAGGGAGAGCGGACAUGUGCGCCGCUCUGUGCUAUGAGAUUCUCAAGUGCUGUAACUCCAAGCUGAGCUCCAUCAGAACCGAGGCCUCGCAGCUGCUCUAUUUCCUGAUGAGGAACAACUUUGACUACACUGGAAAGAAGUCCUUCGUCCGGACACAUCUGCAAGUCAUUAUUUCCGUCAGCCAGCUGAUAGCAGAUGUCGUCGGCAUUGGGGGAACCAGAUUCCAGCAGUCCCUGUCCAUCAUCAACAACUGCGCCAACAGUGACCGUCUGAUCAAGCACACCAGCUUCUCCUCCGACGUGAAGGACUUGACCAAAAGGAUACGCACGGUUCUGAUGGCCACCGCCCAGAUGAAGGAGCAUGAGAAUGACCCGGAGAUGCUGGUGGACCUCCAGUACAGUCUAGCCAAGUCCUACGCCAGCACCCCCGAGCUCAGGAAGACGUGGCUCGACAGCAUGGCCAGGAUCCACGUCAAAAACGGGGAUCUCUCAGAGGCAGCAAUGUGCUAUGUUCACGUAACAGCCCUGGUGGCAGAAUAUCUCACACGAAAAGGCAUGUGUAGACAGGGAUGCACAGCCUUCAGGGUCAUCACCCCGAACAUAGACGAGGAGGCCUCCAUGAUGGAAGACGUCGGGAUGCAGGACGUCCAUUUCAACGAGGACGUGCUGAUGGAGCUGCUCGAGCAGUGUGCAGAUGGGCUCUGGAAAGCUGAACGCUAUGAGCUGAUCGCUGACAUCUAUAAACUCAUCAUCCCCAUUUAUGAGAAGCGGAGGGAUUUUGAGAGGCUAGCCCAUCUGUAUGACACACUGCACCGGGCCUACAGCAAAGUGACUGAGGUCAUGCACUCGGGCCGCAGGCUCCUAGGGACCUACUUCCGGGUAGCCUUCUUCGGACAGGCAGCGCAAUACCAGUUUACAGACAGUGAAACAGAUGUGGAGGGAUUCUUUGAAGAUGAAGAUGGAAAGGAGUAUAUUUACAAAGAACCCAAACUCACACCUCUGUCAGAAAUUUCUCAGAGACUCCUUAAACUUUACUCAGAUAAAUUUGGUUCUGAAAAUGUCAAAAUGAUACAAGAUUCUGGCAAGGUCAACCCUAAGGACCUGGAUUCCAAGUAUGCGUAUAUCCAGGUGACUCACGUGACCCCGUUCUUUGAUGAAAAAGAAUUGCAAGAAAGGAAAACAGAGUUUGAAAGAUCACACAACAUCCGCCGCUUCAUGUUUGAGAUGCCCUUUACCCAGGCUGGGAAGAGGCAGGGUGGGGUGGAAGAGCAGUGCAAACGGCGCACCAUACUGACAGCAAUACAUUGCUUCCCUUACGUGAAGAAGCGGAUCCCCGUCAUGUACCAACACCACACCGAUCUGAACCCCAUCGAAGUGGCCAUUGACGAGAUGAGUAGGAAGGUGGCGGAGCUCCGGCAGCUGUGCUCCUCGGCCGAGGUGGACAUGAUCAAGCUGCAGCUCAAGCUCCAGGGCAGCGUGAGCGUUCAGGUCAAUGCUGGUCCACUAGCAUAUGCCCGAGCUUUUUUAGAUGACACAAACACAAAAAGAUAUCCUGACAAUAAAGUGAAGUUGCUUAAGGAAGUUUUCAGGCAAUUUGUGGAAGCUUGCGGCCAGGCCUUAGUGGUAAAUGAACGUCUAAUUAAAGAAGACCAGUUAGAGUAUCAGGAAGAAAUGAAAGCCAACUACAGGGAAAUGGCAAAAGAGCUUUCUGAAAUCAUGCACGAGCAGAUCUGCCCCCUGGAGGAGAAGGCAAGCGUUUUACCAAAUUCCCUUCACAUCUUCAAUGCCAUCAGCGGAACCCCAACAAGCACAAUGGUUCACGGAAUGACCAGCUCGUCCUCGGUGGUGUGACCUCGCCUCAUGGACCACAUGGGGGACUCGCUUUCUUGUUUGCAAACUCAGGAUGAUUUCCAAAGCUAAUCACUGGGGAGACCGAGCACAGGGAGAAGCCAAGAGGAAUAAGAGAGAAAGGAGAGAGAGAACUGUGUUUUUUCUUAGCAGAUUUUUCUAUGGGAGUCGUAAGAGGGUGCACAUAUUUUUUUAAAUCUAACUGGCAAUAUUGAAACUUUUCUUUGUGUCUUAACAGAGGUGUGUGGUAGACAUUCUUAAGCUGGAGUUAAAUUUUAUUCUUCUUUACAGAGUAGUAUUAAAAUAAAUGGCCUAAAGAAAAAGUGUUCUGGAAUGUACACAGCAGGGACAGCAGCACUGAAAUUGAGGCCUGAGAGGCCACAUUUUGCCUCUAGGCUGAGCUGGAAAAUCUUGAAAAUAUUUUUUUUCCUGUGGCACAUUCAGGUUGCAUACAAGAACUAUUUUUGUGACUAGUUUUUGAUGACCUAAAGGAACUGACCAUUGUAAUUUUUGUACCGGUGAACCAGGAGAUUUAGUGCUUUUAUACUCAUUUCCUUGCAUUUAAAAAAUACGAACGCUUAAGAAAUUAUGUGAGCUUAAAACUAGUCAAGCCGUUUAGCACCAAAGGCCUGUAUUAAUAAACACAACUAUGCUAAAAAGUUAAAAGUAGUACAGUAUAUUGUUAUGUACAUAUAGUUUGUUAAUACAGUCUCGGCAUUCUGUACAUACAUGU